AUGGCUUCGUCAUCAGUGGCUAUGAACCUUAACCCUAAUAUGAAUCCUCUGAAAGAAAACUGGGUGGAUGCAUUUUCCGGCCAAUUUUCCUUCUCCGUGGGGAAAGCAGUGACCAUGAAAAGAAAGAGAAAACCCACUUCCGUUAAUGGGAGAUUGGCGGUUUCUUCAGUGGUAAACGCACCAGAAGCUGUUUCAGCCAAGAUGGUGUCCAGACCAAGCUCAACGUUAAGCCGUGUUUGGAGGGAAAUUCAGGGUUCCAACAACUGGGAAGAUUUGCUCGAGCCCCUGGACCCUCUUCUCCGGCAGGAGAUCAUCCGGUACGGCGAGUUUGUCGCCGCCUGUUACAAGGCCUUUGACCUCGACCCGGCCUCAAAGCGAUACUUGAACUGCAAGUAUGGCAAGAAGAACAUGCUGAGAGAAGUUGGCUUGGUAAAUUCAGGUUAUGAAGUUACCAAGUACAUCUACGCAACCCCUGAUAUCAAUAUCAGCAUUCCCAAUAUCCAGAAUGGCUCUUGCUGCGGCCGCUGGAUAGGAUACGCCGCGGUUGCUUCGGAUGAAGAGGCUAGGAGGCUCGGUCGGAGAGAUAUCCUCAUCACAUUCCGGGGAACAGUCACCAACCCGGAAUGGAUCGCCAACUUCAUGAGCUCCCUGACCCCGGCCCGACUCGACCCUCACAACCCUCGUCCGGAAGUGAAGGUGGAGGCUGGGUUUCUCAGCCUUUACACAUCGGACGAGGGCAACAAAUUCGGCCUCGGAAGCUGCCGCGAGCAGCUUCUUUACGAGGUUUCCCGCUUGUUGAACAAGUACAAAAACGAGGAAAUAAGCAUAACCUUAGCCGGGCACAGCAUGGGGAGUUCACUGGCUCUACUACUAGCUUAUGAUAUUGCAGAGCUUGGAUUGAAUAGGGUUGAUUCAAGGCAAGAAAUCCCAGUUACGGUGUUCUCAUUUGCAGGCCCGAGAGUGGGAAAUUGGGGCUUCAAACACCGCUGCGAGGAACUGGGCGUCAAAGUUCUUAGAAUUGCCAACGUUAAUGACCCCAUUACGAAGCUCCCCGGCGUGGUGUUCAAUGAGAAUUUUAGGGUUUUUGGGGACUCCUGCUAUGCUCAUGUGGGCGUGGAGUUAGCCCUAGAUUUUUUCAAGAUGAAAAACCCGUCCUGUGUACAUGAUCUGGAAACCUAUAUUAGCUUGCUAAGAUGCCCGGGUAAUGAUCGAACACCAAGAAUCGAAAGCAGAGAAGGUCUGGACUUUGUCAGUAAAGCGAAGGAGCUGCUCCUGGUUGCCCAGAACUUCAACACCUUGCCAUGGAUAAGUUAUGCUUGCACCAUAUGGUUAGCAUGA